AGGAUUAAUGGCAGGGAGAUCCGUGUGAUGUACGGGUGAAUGGGACCGUUUGCCUUUGAUUGGACGGCCAUUGACUGGCAUGAUGGCAUGGGAUGGCAUGGGGGCAUCCGAUGGAGAAGGCAUGGCUGCGGGCCAUUUUGUCCGCUGCGUAGCCAUUGCAACAUAUCAUUAGGCCCUCAGUCGACGGCAAACAGAAUAGAAAGCACCGACAAACAUAUGCUUCUGAGAAACAAACCGCGUACAACCUUAUCGGCAAAUUAUUUCAAAACGAGCUCGAUUUUCAUACUAAUUUGAGGGCGAAGUCCUACUUUUCAAUUUUGUAUUUGGUGUUGCCAGAAUGGCGUCCGUUGUAGUAAAUUCUUUUCCUCGGGGGUUCAGUAUUUUAACCAAAAACUUCAAACAUGUCUCGAGUCCGGGGCGCGCGCGGUCGCUUGUGUUUUCGAACGCUAUAAUUACUUUACAUUUUUCUUGCAGACAGAGAAGGUCUCUUUAUUUGGCUAGCUUAGGCGGCGGAUUGACAGAAUUGCGGUCUGGUUUGAAAAAAUGCGUUAGUAGACGGAACGAAUUGAAUGAAUUAAGAGGCAGAGGAAAUGUUCGAGGGAUUUGUUUCUGUAAAGAUGAUAAAGGCUCUGAAGAUAUUGGCAUGGAGGAGGGUAUUAGAAAGAUGGAUUGGCCCAUUUUAGAACGUUGGGAUGUGCCCUGGGAUUGGAAAGCAACGUUGUUUACUAUAAUGGCAAGUGGACUGAGUUUCUUGUUGACAGGAUUGGUAGAAACAGCAGCAGUAUCUUAUCUUGGAAUUCGCCCUGGGAAUUUGACAAGUUUUGAUGGACAAGCUACACUUCUUUUCAUAGAUCAAUUUCUAAUAACAGCAGUUGGUCUUACUGUCAUAUAUGCGUUUGUUAACCGCUAUCAACCUCUCCCAGAUGACUUCUUUCGCUUUGAAUGGAGAGAACCUUUGAACCUAAGGAAUGGAUGGCUUUUAUGGGGAGGAAUAGGUAUCAUUGUUGCAGCUUUAGGUGUUGGACUCACAGGAGUAGCUUUAUCUGCCUUGAAUGGAGAUCCUCCACCGCGAGAGGCUGAUGCCUUGGUGAAAUUGCUACCACUUAUUGGUGCAUCAAAUAUCAGCACUGCCUGCCUGGUAGGUGUGACAGGAAUUUUGGCACCAAUUUAUGAGGAGACUGUAUUUCGAGGUUUUCUUAUGACAUCAUUAACAAAGUGGUUUCCAACUCCUGCGGCUGUAAUUUUAAGUGCCAGCAUUUUUGCCUUUGCACAUCUUACACCUGGAGAAUUUCCUCAACUUUUUGUUUUGGGGGCAGUGUUAGGAUUUGCAUAUGCUCAAACUCGAAAUCUUCUUACUUCCACAACUAUACACGCAUUGUGGAACUCAGGAGUGAUUAUAUUUCUGACAUUCCUAAGACUACAAGGUUAUGACAUUCAGGAUAUCCUGCAAUGAAGUCGAUGUAAAUCCAUAAGGAACCUUGUUAGAUAGCCUAGUGAAUAUAUUCAACAAAGAUAAAGCCGUCAACAUUUAAUUGUCUUUAUUGGCACAGAUAACAUUCCACAUUAUCGAGUCUCGCAAAUUUAAUCUAAUUCCUUGUCUUUUGUAGCUCUUUGACAAGAAAUGCUUUUUGCAAGAUUAAUUGUUAGUAAUUGAUCUUGUUCCACAAUUAAAACAAAUUCAAAACUAUUUUUUUUAACCCUUUUGCAAUAUUUCUAUUGCAAAAUUUACUGCCAGAAAGUUGAGGGCAGUUGCAAAGUUACUACUUCUGAUUGAGUUGCAUUAACUACCAUCAGCACAAGCAGCCCCACUUAAACAUCCAACCACACAUAAGUAAAACUGGACACCAAUAAGAUAUUUUGGUAAUUAUGGUGGUGUCGACGCCAUCUUCAGAAUCUCCAAAGGAGCCCUUGAAAUGCUGAUGAUUAUUCAUUUGUAAUGGUGUCUUCCAAAGAUCAGGGAAAAUUCAAAUAUCAGACAUCGAUACCUUUACGUGCA